CCAAGACAGUGGCAUAAUCAAGUAUAUAUCUAUCUCCAAAUCCCUAACAAUAGCACUCCGAUAUUCCCGACACAGAAAAAGCUCGAGCCUUGAACCUUGAGCUAUGGGUUUGUUAUCAUGGUGGAAGGGCAAAAAGUCAGAACCCGAACCACCAAACUCCAACUCUUCUUCUUCGGUUCAGCUGAAAGCCAAUGGUGCAGCUAAACCCACCGAGGUUCCCGGCAUGAACGGCGCCGUCGAGGUCCCUCGCCCUCCAGACGCCACCGUUUCGAUUUUCGAGUUCGGUUCGGUGGCCGCCACCAACGACAGGGUCACCCUCGCUGGCUACUGCCCCGUCUCCGAAGAGCUCGAGCCCUGCCGAUGGGAGUUCCUCCCCGCCGUUGAAUCCAACGCGCCGCAGUUUCGCGUUGUCUUCUGACACCAAUGCAGAAUAGAGAAGAAAGUGA